CCAACUCCCAGCACUUUCCACUCUCUAGUCUAGUCUAGUCUAAUCUGGAAUGAAAUAAAAAAACGGGACAAAGGGGAUGAGCCCCUUUCGGAAAGCAAGAGUCGAUUCGGCAUUCGGGCAUCCCUGCCAUCCCUGCCGUGCCUUCACCGAGCAGCAAAGCAACCAAGGUAAACCAGAGCACCGCCGCCUGCCCGCAGGCAGAACCCCCCGGCCCAAAAUUACCACCUUGGAAUCGAGCAUCCGCGCCCCAUCUAUGGCGGAUCAGGAGGCCGCCGAGCCGGGCCCGCCGUCGUGGCCCCCCUGGACCUCCCUGCUGCUCCGGGCCAUGAGCAAGCGCCGCACCUGGGCGGCGCUCUUCCUCGCCGUCUACGCCGCGCUGCUCUCCUCCUCCUGGAGCCUGCUGGCGUCCGUGCGCGCCUGGUACUACGCCGCGGCCGCCUCGGCGGGGGCGGCCGCCGCGUGGCCCGCCGCGCUCUACGCCUCCGUCAUGUACGGCGCCGUCUUCGGCCUGCUCUCCAUGGGCGCCGCGCUGGCCGUCGCCGCGCCCGCCAUGCUGGUGACGUGGAUCACCGUGCUCGUGCUGCUGGCGUUCGCGGGGAAGCCCCGGCGGUCGCUGGUCGCCGAGGCGCGCCGCGCCACGGCCGACAUCGCGCGGCUCGCGCUCCGCGUGCUGCUGUGCGAGGGCAACGCCGUCGCCGCGGUCUGCGCCGUCGCCAGCUUCGCCGCCCUCCUCUUCGGCCGCCGCGACGACGCCGAGCGGCGGCUGAUCUGAAGAUUUUCUAGUUCUUUUCACGCCCUUUUAUUUGUCUCUUCUGUUGCUAAUUUCAUUUGUAGUCUGUAUACCAACAGUUUGGGGGUUUCAUUCUAGGUAAUGGAAGUUCUUGUUUCUGUAA